GGGGCGCCAGGGCCCGGCAGCCAGGAAGAUUUCAGCGCGGGCCGGCCCCGGAACGGCCUUUGUUUGUGUGGGCCCGGCCGUGCGCCGGGAGGGACGGAGGGAGCGGCGGUACCGGCCGCAUCCUCCCACAGCCCCGCAUCCUCCUCCGCCUCCGCCGCUCCGAGCCGCCGCCCAGAUCCCUCCUCCCGGCUCUCCGCUCCCUCCUCCCGCCUCACGGCUCGGCCGCGCAGGGAGUGGCAGGGCGGCCGCCGGCCGGGUUCGCAUCCUGCGGCGGCACCGAAUCCCCUGCCCGGCUCCGGCGGGCAGCCCGAGGGUGUGUGACAAUGGAAGAAGAGGUGCACCAUCGAGAAGCCUGAACAGUGACACCAGGACAGUUCUUGAGACACUGGCARUAGGAGCCUGAGCUACAGGAAACAUGUUGAAACCAAGUGGACUUAAAAUCCCGGGCAGGGCUGGGAAGCACUCCAGCCCCGUGGGCCGGGCAUCAGGGACAACUGCAGCUGCUGUCACCACUGGCUCAAAAGAAGGCUCACCUUUGCACAAGCAGGGUACUGCAUCCACCACCAGUGCCGAGAAGUCGGGUUCAAAGGUUGCCGAGGUGGGCGAUGAUUUCUUGGGAGACUUUGUGGUGGGCGAACGUGUCUGGGUGAAUGGAGURAAGCCAGGCAUGAUCCAGUACCUUGGAGAGACGCAAUUUGCUCCGGGUCAGUGGGCAGGAGUUGUUCURGAUGACCCAGUGGGUAAGAACGAUGGCUCUGUCGGAGGAGUGCGCUACUUCGAGUGCCAGCCGCUGCAGGGGAUUUUUACACGACCGUCCAAGCUGACACGGCAGCCGGUGGCUGAGGGCUCAGGGAGCGACGCCCCCUCCGUGGACUCCCUGACAGCACAGAACUUGUCACUGCACUCGGGGACAGCYACACCACCUCUGUCCACUCGCGUGAUCCCGCUGCGGGAGAGUGUCCUGAACAGYGCCAUGAAGACGGGCAACGAGUCUGGAUCAAACCUCUCGGACAGUGGGUCUGUGAAAAAAGGGGAGAAGGACUUACGGCUUGGAGAUCGUGUGCUGGUUGGUGGGACAAAGACAGGAGUCGUGCGCUACGUGGGAGAGACGGAUUUUGCCAAAGGAGAGUGGUGUGGUGUGGAGCUGGAUGAACCCCUGGGGAAGAAUGAUGGGGCGGUUGCUGGUACAAGGUAUUUUCAGUGCCCACCCAAGUUUGGCCUCUUUGCCCCCAUCCACAAGGUGAUCCGGAUUGGGUUCCCAUCAACCAGCCCUGCCAAGGCAAAGAAGAGCAAGCGGAUGGCCAUGGGAGUGUCAGCCCUGACCCACAGCCCCAGCAGCUCCUCCAUCAGCUCUGUCAGCUCAGUGGCCUCAUCAGUCGGGGGCAGGCCCAGCCGCAGUGGGCUGCUGACAGAGACCUCUUCUCGAUAUGCUCGGAAAAUCUCUGGCACCACAGCUCUCCAGGAGGCCCUGAAGGAGAAGCAGCAGCACAUUGAACAGCUGCUGGCAGAGCGUGACCUGGAGCGAGCAGAGGUUGCCAAAGCCACCAGCCACAUCUGUGAGGUGGAGAAGGAGAUUGCCAUCAUGAAGGCCCAACAUGAACAGUAUGUCACAGAGGCAGAAGGAAACCUCCAGCGAGCRCGAGCCCUGGUGGAUGGGAUGCAGAAGGAGAAGAUUGAGCUGUUGAACCAGCUGGAAGAGGAGAAGAGGAAAGUGGAGGACUUGCAGUUCCGUGUGGAGGAAGAAUCCAUUACAAAAGGGGAUCUGGAGACUCAGACGCAGUUGGAGCAUGCCCGAAUACGGGAGCUCGAGCAGAGCCUGCUGUUUGAGAAGGCACAGGCUGAAAAACUCCUCAGAGAAUUAGAGGACACCAGGUUAACCACAGUGGCAGAGCAAUCCAGAAUUCUGCAGCUGGAGGAGGAGCUGAGCCUCAGGCGCAGUGAGGUGGACGAGCUCCGGCAGUGCCUCCGGAGCUCUCACCAAACAGACACCCCUGAGCACAGCCUGGGCUUGCAGUCAGAGGCUCUUCGGCUGCGGGAUCAGCUGCUGUCUGCCAAUAAGGAGCAUCAGAAGGAGAGCAGCCAGCUGAAGGAGAAGUACGAAAAGACACUAAAGAAGUACCAGCAGGAGAUGGAGAAGCUGAAAUCUGUCAAUGAGAAGUACUCGCAGGAGAUUGUUGACCUAAAGCAUAAAGUUCAGCAAGCCACGAAUGAGAACAUGGGGCUCAUGGACAACUGGAAGUCCAAGUUGGACACGUUAGCUUCUGACCACCAGAAGUCUCUGGAGGACCUGAAAGCCACACUCAACUCAGGCCCUGAYACCCAGCACAAGGAGAUUGUGGARCUGAAGGCAGUGGUAGAGAGUAUAAAGUUGGAGCAUCAGCUUGAAUUGGAGAACUUGAAAGCAAAGCACGAUAUUGAGACAGCUGUCCAUAUAAAGGAGAAAGAGAGUCUCAAACUAAAGUUGCAGGAGGCUUUGGAUGAAGUGGAAAAAAGCAACAGCAACUGGAAAAUGCAACUGGAAACCAAAAGCAGUCAGCACCUUCUUGAGCUCCAAGAUGUGAAGGACAAGUGUCGAGAUGCUGAGCUGAGGGUGCAUGAACUGGAGAAACUUCACGGUGAAUACACAGAUCAGACACAAGCAAUAGCUUUCUUGAAAGAGCAGAUAUCUUUGGCUGAAAAGAAGAUGUUGGACUAUGAAAUGUUACAGAAAACAGAAGCCCAGAGCAAACAGGAGAUCCAAAGAUUGCAGGAAAAAGUGCUUGUCUUAGAAAACAAGCUGCAGUCCAUAGAGGCCYUGCAUCCUUCUCAGCAUGCAAAUGUGAUUGAGACUAACGAUAUUUCAGAAGAAAAGAUAAAGAUGAAGGAGACUAUGGAAGACCUCCAAGACAAGCUGAGUAAAAGAGACAAAGAGGUGUCAUCCCUGGUGACCCAGAUUGAAACUCUAAGGGCCCAAGUAAGUGCUUUGGAAAAUAAAUGCAAAACAGCAGAAAAGAAGGCUGAUUCAGUGUUCAAAGAAAAGAAGAGGCUGGAAGGGGAACUGGAAGCCUUGACCAAGAAAACACACGAUGCCUCAGGGCAACUGGUUCUGAUUAGCCAGGAACUGCUSAAGAAGGAAAGGAGCCUGAACGAGCUGAGAGCGUUGUUAYUGGAGGCAAACCGGCACUCGCCAGGGCCAGAGCGGGACCUCAGCCGUGAAGUGCACAAAGCUGAGUGGCGGCUGAAGGAACAGAAGCUCAAAGAUGACAUCAAGGGGCUGCGAGAGAAACUGGUUGUGCUGGACAAGGAAAAGUCAGUGACAGACCAGCGGCGAUACUCCCUGAUCGACCCCUCAUCGGAGUCGGAAGUGAUCCGGCUGCAGCACCGGCUGGUCAGCACGGAGGAUGUGCUGCGCAACGCGCUGGAGCAGGGACACCAGAUGGAGAAGCUCAUGGAAGCCAUGAGACUCUCCUCUGAGAAAACACAGACUGUUGGAAAUUCUGGGUCUGCUAAUGGGAUUCACCAGCAGGAUAAAUCCCACAARCAAGAGGAGAAGAUCUGAUAGAGAAGAGGUGAAGAGGAUCAUUUCACACCAGUAUCAGCUCCUCUGCACAGUCAGAAAAAACAACACCACAUCUGGCUUUAGCACCUCCAAAAGACUGCACACAGUAUUUUCACUAUAAAGCAGAACAAUGUUUAUAAUGUACUAACUGAUGUAAUCAGGACAAUACCAGAGUCCAGUUUUCCAAGACAGCCAUUGUUCUAGGAGGGAGCAGAAAGAUCUCUCUGGGUUUGGUUUCUUAUUUGUAUUGGUUUUGAUUGUGGAAUUUGUAUUGUUUGAGCUGCCCUUGUCCCACCAGCUGACAUGGUCUGGAUGACAGCUGCCCCCACCUGUGGCUGAAGUGUCAGCUGGUCCCAGUAACCCUGCAGGAGCUGCAAAGGGAUCCCCUCCUCCCUUUGCUGAAGACAUCACUGUUUUAACGCAGAGGCUGCACUUAAUUCUUGUAUUAUAGCAUGUCAUGGGAAAUAAUCCAGUUUCAGAGGGAUAUUUAUUUUGUUUCUUCACCCCUGCUGUUUAGGGAAGAAGCUGUGGUGGCUCUGAGUUUGGCGUCAGGCACACCUCACUUGGGUAUGGUUGGCCUUUCUUCCUGCAGUGAGAUCUCUGAGCAGGUCUGGUGGUGUCCUGUGCCAUAGCCAGCUGUCCAGUUUGGUCCCACUCACUCCUGGGGGGUUCACUGGGUCCGUUUUGAACUCAGGACUCCACAGAUGCUGGAUCUCAGUGUUGCUGACCUUGGCACUUCACACUUGGGGCAGUCAGUGUGGGACUUUGAGAGAAUGGUUCUCUCCUUGCGUGUUUAUUUUAACAGCUAACUAGAGAUUGCCUGGUGCUUUCCAGAGCUCUUGGCUCUUCAGUGUGCUGCCCAUCCUGUGAUACCAGGGAGGAUGAGGUGAAGGUGCUGCUGUGUGCCUGACUUUGAUGGUUUCAGCAAUCCUCUGUGCAUGACCUGAGUGUGAGUAUUUGGAGCAGAGGCAAUCCAAGACUGGAGUCCACACAGCUCUUUUGUCCUUACCAGCAGUGGAUCUUGUUUCUUCUUCCCWAAGCUUUACUCUAACUUUCCACCAUAACUCUCAAGGGAUAUUGGGGCAGAGGAAGGGGACAGCAUGCUCUCAAAGGUAUGAAAGAKCCCAGUUCUGGUUUACUGUUCAGUACCACAGGAACAGUCACAGCAAUAUUUUUCCACCCUUCUCCCAGCGCCCAACUCCUUCCAGUCUUCAUAAGCUCCUGUGAUGUGAUGGGGCAUCUGUGAAAGGACAAGAUGRGAGAGGAGAUCUGAGCCAGACCCUCAGCAGGUGAACAUGAUGGUCCAUCAGCUCUGUUGCUUUUGCCCUGAUUUCCCACAAAGUUGUAUCAGUUUUUCUUUGUGGAUUGCCAUACUCCUGCCUCCUUGAAGGAUGGGCAGCCAGAAGCAGCCUGGGAAAGACUUGAGCUUCAGGACUGCAAUUUUGCCAUGAGGAGAAUGACACUGAAUACUUCUCACCUGACACAGGGUUGGUGAUCUCCUGUUCCUCAGAUGAGGAUGGAUGGGAGAGGAAGGGAACUUCAGGGAAGUAAAGCAGAUCAGAAAUCACAGCAGAAAUCUGGCACAUGGUACCAGGAGGUAGAGCCUAGGAUCAAGCUGGCUGGAAAUAAUUCACAUAGGAUUCCAUCCUGCCUUUUAUAAGUGUUUCUUCAACUCCUACUAAUCACCAGGAAGAUUGCCACAUCUCUGCGUAGCUCUGGGAGUUUCCCAAGGUAUUGUAGGAGUGGUCCCCACAACCCUCCUGGUUGAGUAUUUAUCUACUAAGUGAUUUUGGAAAGUCCCAGAGGGAGUGCUUGUUUGUUACAGCCCUCAACAUUGAAUACCUCACUGCUGUUUCUAAGACUUUAGYCCUGAUGUUUCCCAAAAUGCUUGUGUUGGCUGGAUGGUCUCUGAAGUCACAUCUGCAGAUCUCAUGGACUUUCCAGGGCUUCCUGGGCACCUACAGGAGGGAGGCCCCAUUCUGGUUUGUAACUUAAUUUCCCUUACGGGUCUUCUAGUGACUUGUGACCAGCUGCCUUCGCCUACAGAGCAGAAGUACUUGCAUUUUCCACUUCCCUUUGGCUCUGUACAGUGUGGGAUCCCCUGGGAAUGGUUAUGGGGACCAUGUGUUUGGUUCUGUUAAUCAGAUCCAAAGCUGUCAGACUGGAAGAGUCUUUGGCUCCUGCCUCUUCCCAGGGACCAUCCCCUGGGAGCAGCUCAGACCUGUGGCUUUUCCCCUUCAGCUUGGGAGACAAUGCAGAACAGGAGCAGAUGGGUCAGAGCAGGUUCAAWGUUAGUGUUGAUGAUCUUCUCUGACUGUAAAUGGCUGUGCUGGUCCCUGAGGAUCAGCCAGGAGCUGAUGGCACUGCUUGGCUCUCUGUGCAGGCUGUGUAGUCACUGUGUUGCAGGGCUGAGGGUGCAGGUCCAUGGGAGCUGCUCCCAAAUAAGACCAAUCACAAUGCCAACAGGAUAUGCUGUCACAUGCUCAUCUGGGCUUCAGCUCAACCCUGUGUAAGGAGGGUUGGACUCACUCACCUUCUCCCUCUCCAAAAUUAGCACAGGCUUUCCCAGGGCACUAGCCUCUGGCUGCCCUUCUGAGGUGGUAAGAGACCAUACUAGGGAUAAACUUGGAAAGGACAAGGAGGAGAUUCCCCAGCCCCUCUAUUUAUUUGUAAGUUUAAGUGCUAUUUUUGCCUAUGUGGUGGUGUAUAGAGUACUUGGUCUUACUGGCUUGGUUCUUUGGGAGAGAUUUCCAGGGGUACUGGAGCGCUGAUAAACCCUUGUCCUGUUGUCGUUCCGGGCUGGUUCCUGUUUGUGCCUUCACUCCCCCUUCAGCUUCAGCCUUGCUUUUAUCUCAAUCCCCAAGAGCUGGUAAAGGAGGGCUUUGCUCUCCUCAGCCUUUCUCCCAGCCUGGGAAUGCCAUGAUGGUUUCCAUCUGGAGCUGGGUCCUGAGCAUUGUGCCCCAGAGCAUYGGUGGAGGGUGGGGAGCAGGAGGUGACGUGCUGCUGGAGCCCUGGGCUCUGAGGGCAGGACCAGCACCCCAGCUGUGGGAGCAGCCCCCACAGCCAAGUGGCAUUACCCUGACAGUGAUGCUUUUCUGCUGAGAGCUGAGCUCUUAUCCAGUGAAAAAAAAAAAAAACAAAAAAGCCUUUGGAAUGGAUUUUACUCAGUACUGAGUGAUUUCUUCCCUAACUCUCAAGACCAAAGGGAAAAGAAUUAGUCUUGCUUUGGAAUGUCAGCUUUAUCCCUCCUGCAGCAUCCAGAGAGCUGGAGCAAGGGGCAGCACCAUGCUGAUAUCCURUGGAAUGAUGGUACCAAGCUGCCUGGGUGUUACAGCUCUUAGAAUGAUGGGUGCCAAGCUGCCAGCCAAGGCUUUACAGCUCCUGCCUUCCCCCAGACACAAGCAGCUCCUCUGGCUUGCAGUAGAGAUGCAUGAGGGUUUCAUUAAACAAAAUGAUGCAAAUGACACUGUACAAGUCUUAACAAAAAUUCCAGUACUCCGUUAUUUGGCAGCUUUAGCAGCUCAGCACUAUCUGUAGGGAGUUAUUAAUACACUAAGAUCCUAUAGGCCUCAUGUAAGUUGCCAGAAAAAAGACAGUACUAGAUGUAUAAAUGGAUGAUAACCUUUUACCCAUACAGUAUGUAUUACAAUUUUGUAGCUUAGUCAUUUUUUGGCUAUCAGAUUUUGUUAGUAUGAUAUAAAAAAAAAAAGACAAAAAAAAAAGGGUUUGACUGCUAAUGUCUAUUUUGUUAUUUGAUUCGUUUUCUUCCUCUGUACAAAAGCUGUACAAAUCUGUCUGUGUAACUCCUCCACAUCUGUAUUCAUGUACCAUYCCCCUGUCCUGGCUUGCUGGUGUGAUGAGCGCCUACUAAACAAUAAACUCUGUGGCUGAAGUUGGGCAUCCUGGGGCUGCCGGGGCAUGUUCAGGGUGUUCUGCAGUGCACAAACUGUCAUGAGCUGAAGGAGCUGGGGGCACRGGGCUGUGGCACAGUUCCCCCUGCCCUGAGCCCCAGCAGUGACCUUGAGCCAUCUGUAUUUGGGCUCUGUGAGUGGCUGGGAGGCUGCAGAGCUGCCCUGGGGAUGAGCUGAGGUGGAGCACAGUGACAUUUACUCUUCUGCACCCCAUGCCAGAGGUGRGGGCAGCCAGGCCCAGCACCAUCUCCUGCCUGGGGCAGCUCCUGCUGUUGGGUAUCUCCCAAGCCUCAGAGUGAUUGUGCUAUUUCUUAAUCCAUGAUUAUUUUCCCUCUAAUUGUCUCCCCAGUCCCUCGCUGACAUAUCCACAGUGCCCUGAGGUGAGCAGUGUUGCAGGGUGCUGUGCCAGACCCACCUCCCUGCACCUCAGCACUGAUCCAUACUUUUUUGAGCAAUGCCACCUUCAUUCUGCAUGGAUUGGAUCAUCCUCAUUCCUUCCAGUUCAUCCACCACAGACCUUCAGAGCACAGUGAAAUGGGGAUUGCAGUGGAUCAGUCCAGGAGGAGCUGCCAUGCCCCUGCCCCUCUYCUCCCUGUGUUCCCACCAUAUGGAGCAUCAUGGGGUUAUGCUGUCACCCAUGAGACAGGAC